UAACUUAAAACAUAGUCCUAACUGAUUUAGGUUUCAAUUUUCUGUCCCCUUCCUUAGUCAAGUCAACUAUAUAUUUAAUACAUAUUUUCCAAAGACCAAGACUUUGCUAUAUGUGUAGCCCACACAUUCUUUAAUUUAGUAAUUCCAGUCCCAUCUCCCAUUGUUAUUUCGUUAAAAUCUACCUUGAUAAGGGCCAAAUCGGUUCACGUAUAUCUUUAGUUGAGCAAGAGCCCAAGAGGAAUAAGAAUUGGGUUUAAUUCAUGGCUAGAGAUUUUCGCCACAGGUCGCCAGAUUUCAUGGCUAUGUUAAAGAAUUUAUCGCGUGAAGAAAUUCUUCAAGUUUUGUCUGAAGGGUUAUGUCCUCGCUGUGAAGAUGUUAUAGAGGCUCGUGUGUGCAACCUUAAUCAAAGAAGGUUAGAUGAAAUGUCAUUAUCGAAUGUUAAUGUUACAGAAAGUUCUGCAGAGUUCUUGCAUGGGGAUUCAUCUGAUGAUGUAAUUUCACCAAAGAGAAAGCUGAAUGCUGAUCCUCAUACACCCUCUCCACGAGUUGUAGAAUCAACUAACUCAGGAAGGCCGAAGCGAUUUGUUACCGUCUUGUCUACAUCUGUAAACAGCAAACAACCAGUGUUUAAUCAUUCAAAGUUUAAGAUUAAUCUAAAUGAUGGACCUGGUAGAUCAGUCGUAGGCAAGGAUGUAUCGGAGGAGCAGGAUGAGUUAAUUAGAUUUCGCCAAGUUGGCAGGCGAAAGGAUUUUGUUCAUUAUGAGAAGGUAUUUGGAAAGAAAAUAAAUGUGCUGCAAGGGCUUGAGCUUCACACUCAGGUUUUCAAUCCUGAUGAGCAGAGGGAGAUAGUUGAAUUGGUUUACACACUUCAGAGAAAGGGACAGGAGGGGCAGCUUAGGGCACGAACGUAUUCUGAGCCAAGAAAGUGGAUGAAAGGAAAGGGUCGUGUCACAUUACAGUUUGGUUGUUGUUAUAAUUAUGCUGUGGACAAGGAUGGUAAUCCCCCAGGCAUUAUUAGAGAUGAAGAAGUGGAUCCAUUGCCUCCUUUAUUCAAGAAAAUGAUUAGGAGAAUGGUUAGAUGGCAUGUUUUGCCUCCAUCAUGUGUUCCCGAUAGCUGCAUUGUGAAUAUUUAUGAUGAGGGUGAUUGCAUUCCUCCUCAUAUUGACCAUCACGACUUUGUUCGACCUUUCUGCACAGUGUCUUUCUUGGCAGAGUGUAAUAUAGUCUUUGGCACAAACUUAAAGAUUAUUAGUCCUGGAGAGUUCUCUGGUCCUUUCUCCUUACCUCUUCCUCUCGGGUCAGUGCUCAUUAUCAAUGGUAAUGGAGCUGAUGUUGCUAAACAUUGUGUGCCUAGUGUUCCAGCUAAAAGAAUUUCCAUCACUUUCCGUAAGAUGGAUGUCAGAAAAUUGCCAUAUUCGUAUGCUCCUGGCCCUGAGCUAUCAGGUUUCGAGCCUCUUGUUCCUCCAUCAUCGGGCAACUCAAGAAUUCCGCACAACUUGAAAGAUGUUAGAAAUGACAACCGUGAUAAAUCAGAAUAUCUUGCAAAAAGUGGAAAUAAGGGUUUCUCCAAUGAAGAUGAAUUCCCUCCUCUGGGAAAAUUGAAUUCUUCCAACCGUAGAGGUCAGAGAUAUUUUUUAUAGCAAUUAGGAUGAUAAGUACUUAGGACGUCAUUGUAUAACUUAUAAGCAAUACAGCUGUUGUAUGGUCAGUGUUUUAUUAGUAAUAAAAGUUUAUCUAUUGAAUCCUA